AUGGGAGAUAAAGCAGCAAACUAUGUUGCAAGUUUAUAUACAUCAACCAAAAGAAUGAUAGAGCAGUCUCUGAGGUACGUUCAAGUCAUAGUAUUUCCUCCUCAGUUGCAUGAGCAACUAUUUCCUGCUAACGUUGUACCUGCACCACCACCACGUUUAGGUUUUGCCCCAAAUAAUCAACAAGAUCAGCACCUAUUGAUUUUGGGAUUUUGCUUCGCAGCAAUCAAUAUUCCAAUGAUAAAGAUCCAGAAUCUGAACCAUAUUCCAAUAGCCUUCCACAUGGCUUGUCUCAUGUUAAUAUUAUGUUUCACCGCUCUCUUUCUAUCCGUCUACAUAUCUAGGAACUCCAAUCCUGCUCUGGGUCUUGUGCUACAAUAUGCCUGGAAAGAAAAGCCUGUGCUCAUGUACAAACUAUGCUCGCGGUACAAUAGUUUAUUAACAAAGUCUUCUUCUUAUCCAGAUUGGUGCUUCGAUUUGAGUCUUAAAGCUUGCAGCAUUGCGGGCUUGGCAAGCACUAAAUCUUCAUUGCUUGGCAUCAAUAGAUCUUUGAAUGAGCUGGUGGGAUCAGGCCGAAUAGAUAAAGCACGGAAACUAUUUGAGAAAAUUCCCCAGAGAGAUGGGUUCGCUUGGAACACUAUGGUUUCUGGGUAUGCUGCUUUAGGGAGGUUAACUGAAGCAAAGAAAGUGUUUGAUGAUGCCCCAAAUAAGAGUUCAAUCACCUGGUCAUCCCUCAUUUGUGGGUAUUGCAAGUACGGGUAUGAAACUGAAGGUUUUCAGUUGUUUUGGGAGAUGCAAUGCGAGGGCUGCAAGCCGAGUCAGUACACAUUAGGCAGUCUUCUAAGGGUGUGCUCUGUAAACUGUUUGCUUUUGAAAGGCAAACAGGUCCAUGGAUAUGCCACUAAGACCAAUUUUGACACAAAUGUAUUUGUAAUCACUGGCCUUAUUGAUAUGUAUGCAAAGUGCUUGUGUGUGACGGAAGCUGAGUUGCUAUUUGAAGAGAUGCCUAGCGGGAGAAAUCAUGUUACCUGGACCACUAUGAUUCAUGGCUAUUCGCUGAAUGGUGAUGCACACAAAACAAUUCAUUGUUUCAGAGGCAUGAAGGUGGAGGGGGUUGAGGCAAAUCAAUAUACCUUUCCAAGAGUUUUGACAGCAUGUGCUGCUGUUUCUGAAAUUAGGUUUGGGGUACAGGUGCAUUGUUGCAUUGUUCGUGAAGGUUUUGAAGCAAACGUCAUUGUUCAGAGUGCAUUAAUUGACAUGUAUGCUAAAUGUGGGGACUUGCAUAGUGCUAGGAAGGUAUUGGAGUCAAUGGAAGCUGAUCAUGCGGUUUCUUGGAAUUCAUUGAUACUUGGGUAUGUGAAAAAUGGGUAUGAAGAGGAAGCAUUGUCAUUAUUUAAGGUGAUGCAUGAGAGGGAUAUCGGAGUUGAUGACUUCACUUACCCAUCUGUCUUGAACUGUCUUACUUCCAAAAAGGAUGUGAAAAUAGGACAAUCUGUUCAUUGUCGAGUGAUCAAGACUGGCUUUCAAGGCUGUAAUCUCAUUGGCAAUGCCCUUGUGGAUAUGUAUGCAAAACAGGGAGAUUUAAGUUAUGCAUUUAAGGUGUUUAACACUAUAUUGGACAGGGAUGUGAUCUCUUGGACCUCUGCUGUUACUGGCUGCGCUCAUAAUGGCUCCCAUGAAGAAGCCCUGAAGUUGUUCUGCAAGAUGAGAAAUUCUGGUGUUGAACCUGACCAAGUUAUCACUUCUAGCAUCUUGAGUUCCUGUGCAGAGUUGGCUUUGCUAGAGUUUGGACAACAAGUUCAUGCAAAUUUCAUGAAAUCUGGACUUCAGUCAUCCUUACUGGUUGACAACUCUCUUGUGACAAUGUAUGCAAAUUGUGGUUGCUUAGAAGAGGCCGAUAGAGUUUUCAAGUCAAUGGCUAACAGUAAUGUGAUUACUUGGACUGCUCUUAUAGUUGGUUAUGCUCAGAAUGGUAAAGGAAAGGACUCUCUCGGGUUUUAUGACCAAAUGAUACUCAGUGGCAUAAAACCAGACUUCAUUACUUUUAUAGGCUUACUUUUUGCUUGCAGCCAUGCAGGGCUUGUUGAUCAGGGAUGUAGAUAUUUUGAAUCCAUGAUAAAUGUUCAUGGAAUAAGGCCUGGUCCUGAUCACUAUGCAUGUAUGGUUGAACUUCUGGGACGUGCAGGAAAACUGCUCGAAGCUGAAAAGUUGCUCGAUGAAAUGGCUGAGGAGCCUGGUGCGACUGUUUGGAAAGUUUUCCUUGCUGCAUGGAGGAAACAUGGGAAUAUAGACCUGGCGAAGAAGGCAGCUUCGGUCCUGUUUAAAUUGACGCCAAAAGAUGCUGUCCCUUACGUUAUGCUGUCUAAUAUGUACUCUAAAGCUGGCUUUCACUUAGGACGGUGCAUCGAAAUCGAAAGCGAUAUUUCGAAAGUUUGA